AUGAAUCAAUUAACUGCUGAAGAAGAACGUAAAGUUUGUCCAAAUGCACAAGAUCCAAUGAAUUGGUAUAUUUGUGAUGAUGCAUGUGUUAUUAAUGAAGAACUUCAUAAAACUAUUGUUAAUGAAUUAUAUCAAGCAUAUAAAUUACAAUGUGUUAAUCCAGAAGAACAUUUUUGUGAAACUGGAUAUGAUUAUUAUUUAACUGAAUUAAAAGCUGAUUCUAAAAGUCCUAUGAAUCAUUAUUACAUUGCUACAUUUACUAAAUAUGACUCAACUGGAAAGAAACUUGAUACUAUCACAUUACCAUCAUUACCUACUUCUAUUAUUGGUAUGAUCUUUACCCCAGUUGAAGACCAAUUGAUUAGACUUCAUGAUAGUGAAGAAUUUUGUGGACAUUACAUGUUCCCAUAUUGUAUCCUCAACAAACACUUACCAUUCUGGGGAGGCUAUGUUGGAAGUCAUUUUGAAAUUGAAUGGGAUGACAGAAGUUAUUUAAUUAAUAAAGAUAAAUAUCCUGAAUUUGAUUAUAAAUUUAUUGCACAAUCUACAUUCGUCCAAAACUUAAAAUUAGUCGAUCAAAAGGCUGGUGUUCCAUUCUUGAAUGAAAGAAUUUAA